UGGGAGGUGGCGUCCUUGCCGGCUUACCUCGCACCCCACGCGACCUGGAGGCUGGGCUUUCUGGUCUGACAGGGCAGCGUCGGACACGGAGAAGGCGGGGGGCGGGGUGGGGCUGGCAAGGGCCGGGCGGAGUCUGGGAACCUCCGCGCUUUCGGUCUUAAGGGCUCAGCACGCGGCCGGCCGGUGGAAGGAGUCGCUGUGCGCGCCGCCGCGUUUGAAAGUCGCAGCUCUCCGCGGCUCCGGCUGGGGUGCGUCUGCGUCCCUCUCUCCCAGCUCGGCCCUGUCCCUCCGCUUCGGCUCACACCUGCUCCCCCUGCUCGCACCCCAGACCGCAGUGGCGGCGGCGCGGCCGGCGGGCGGUGACCACCCCCCGAUCCAGGGCCUCCGCCAGGUCGCGUCCAUUAACCUCGUGCCGAGCCCGGAAAGCAAAGGGAAGUUCACGGACUCUGGGACCCCAAGCUUUCAGAUUGAAAGGAGGAAUUUCCCAGAUUUUCUGGAGCGAGAAUACACCCUGAGCCUCGCAGCGGAAGUCCGCAGCCACGGAGAACCGGACUCUGCAAUGUUGGCUGGCUACCGGCCAGUCAGGCAGUGGGAGAAAGAAGAUAUCGUCUCUGGAAAAAACUGAGCUUUACUAAGGUUUUCCUCCUGUUGAUUUUGGUUUUCACGACUCCUUUAGCAAGACCUGUUGCUUAAGCGGGUCAGAUUCUGGUGUACAUCAUGUCCAGUUUCGAAGAUGCUGACACAGAAGAGACAGUAACUUGUCUCCAGAUGACUGUUUACCAUCCUGGCCACCAGCAAAAUGGAAUAUUCCAAUCAAUAAGGUUUUUUAACCGACAAAAACUCCCCUCCAGCGAAGUGGUGAAAUUUGGCCGAAAUUCCAACACCUGUCAUUAUACCUUUCAGGACAAACAGGCUUCCCGAGUUCAGUUUUCUUUGCAGCUAUUUAAAAAGUUUGAUAGCUCAGUUCUCUCUUUUGAAAUUAAAAAUAUGAGUAAGAAGACCAAUCUGAUUGUGGACAACAAGGAGCUGGGCUACCUAAAUAAAAUGGACCUGCCACACAAAUGCCUGGUUAGGUUUGGGGACUAUCAGUUCCUGAUGGAGAAGGAAGAUGGAGAGUCAUUAGAAGUUUUUGAGAUUCAAUUUUCUUUGUCUACAAGACCACUCUUGCAAGAAAACAACUGGCUACCACAGAAGCCCAUACCUGAGUGUGGCAGAUAUUCAUCCUGUUCCACCCAAAACAAUUCUCCUAUAGAAAUGGGUGAGAAUGAAUGGUAAACGCAGAGGGCUAAGAGAAUCAUGAAGGAUGAAGAACUCUGUAGACACUUUAUAGACAUUCCACUUAGUAAGAGUUUCUUAGUGUAGUAUAUUACUGUCAUCUAUUACUUUGUCAAAUUUGAGAUCUGGUGUUAUCAUUUGAAGUCUGUAACUUGUGUUAGUCAUUGAUUUAGUCACCUGUUGCAUUGCUGGAUGUGUGAAGAAUUACUGUAAGUGUAUAUCUGUGAGCAUUAAUGUACAAAUAGUAUCCUUUGUGAUGAAGGAAUAGUGUUCUCAAAAUAUGGUUAUGUUACUUUUUUUUUAAUGCCUGAUUUUGGUCCUAUGUUGUUUCAUUUUGGUUUGUAAGUUUUGGUUUGGUCAUAUUAUUUCACAGUAGUCAUUUGUUUUCAAGGUCAGGGCUACAAACAAGUUAUUAUGGGUGUUGUAGCCUGUUGGUACUUGUAGUACCAGCGUAUUGGAACAGAGCAUAAUGUUUUUUAGUGUGUCAUUGUGCUUUUAAUAUGGGAAGACUUAUUUGAGCAAUAAUACCUUUUCUGUUUUUUUCUCUAUAGAUUUACUUAUACUGUUUAUUCCCAAGAAUACCGUUUUCCUUGUCUGUAUUCAGUAUCUAAAACCAAUGUUUUAAACAUUUUAACGAACCACUGUGUUAAGUUUAGAAUUCUUUUUCUUUUCCCUUUUUUUUUUGGCUGCACCACAUGGCUUGUGGGAUCUUAGUUCCCCGACCAGGGAUUGAACCCCGGCCCCUGGCAGUGGAAGCGCCGACUCCUAACCACUGGACUGCCAGGGAUUCCCAAUUUUUCAUUUGUCUUACCAAAUUUUAAAUAGUUUUUUAUGUACUACAGAGUUUUAAAUUCCAUGAAUUCAAAAUUUUAACAGCAUCCGUGUACAUAAUAAAGUCAAAGUUUAAUUCUCUAACCAUUUUCUUUGAAACUCUUUCUGAAGAAAGGGAGGAACUGUUUUUAGACUGCUGUAAGGGAGGACUGCGGUAGGCCGCAGGCAGAGGCUGUGGCUGGGGACUCAGACACAUCCAGCUGUGCCCCUCAAUGCAUACUGGCUCCAUUAUUUGUUCCACACCCCACAUGGAGGCACAUGGCCACCAGGAGCUCCCAAGUGCUAUAUGUUACUGAUCACCCACCCAAAGAGAACCUUAUCCCCCAAUUCCAGUCCAAGAGAAGGGGCAGCUUGGGUCAGGUGCCCACCCAUCUACCAAUGAACUUGCCUCAGGUCACGUUAAAUGAUGGCUGCUCCUGUCAGUGACCACGUGGAUGAGAAAAGCAUUUUCUUAGGAAGUGGCCACAGUGGGGUGUGGGUGAGGGCAAACAGAAAUGUUGGUGUUUGAUACUAGGCACUGCAGGUAAGUUGUGAGACUCGCAGUUCACCUCUUAAGGACUCACUUGUCCCAGGAAACUGAUUUUUCUUGGGCUCUUUCAGUAAAGGGGUGUAUUAAUUGGUGCCAGUGUUAACAGUCAUAGGCAGUCUCUUCUUGAACCUGCAACUUUAUGACAAGGGGGUGCUUUCCAAUGGUGAAAUCUCAUACGCUAUGUGAUUAUAUAACCAUAUUCUAGAAGAUUCUGUCUCUACUAUCUACUGCAUUGACUGACUUGAAGAAGCAUUACUUUUAGGCUCUAACAUGAGUGUAGUAUUAGUUUUAAUACGCCUUGUGGAAAAAUUAGCUAUAAUCUUUACUACCAAGAGAUAACUGGUGUUCACACAUUUCGUGUGUAUAUAUUUGGUAGCUGAUUCCAUGUUAUCUCAUGGCCCUUUUAACAUUUUCAGUUCUCUAACACUUAUUUAAUUCCUUACAGUAAUUGUUAUCGGUUAACAGGGUUACUAUUUUACUUUCUGGAGCCUGAUUGAAACAAUUAGAUCUUCCAUUUCAGGUGAUGAUGGAGGAUGAGCACUUGGAAAAUUGUGAUUGGAAUUUACUGGGCUUCUAGUUGGUAUGAGUUGUACCCAAGUCCAAUCACUCAUCAUUCUACUAUUCAACCUACAUGAAAAUAUUUAUUUGGCCAGGUAUCUCUCUAAGCGAUGCAUUUAGGGCAGGGACACUGGUGAAAAAAAUAGGAAAGCAGGGGUUUCAGCGCUGAUGCUGGUUUCAACAUUUUGUUGCUGGUGGAAGGCCACUGAAGGACUAGAGACGAGCCAGGUUGGCAUUGCUUACUAGCAUCUUCAUAGAAGAGAUCAUCGUGAGAUGCAGGGGGACACAAUGGCUUUCUUAAUACUGUUAGUGGAAUCAUUUCUCAAAAACCCAAAUCAAGGUAGUAAUAUUUUAAAACAGGAAACUUCUGAGGAUAGACAGUCAAAAUAAGAUGUGACAUGGGAAUUCCCUGGCGGUCCUGUGGUUAGGACUCCGUGCUUUCACUGCCGAGGGCGCAGGUUCAAUCCCUGGUCUGGGAACUAAGAUCCCCGCAAGUUGCACAGCACUCCAAUUACUGGAAAAAAAAAAAUAAAAGCAGGCAUAAUUCCUGGUUAUACCAUUUAAAAAGUUCUAGCAUCUUAAAACCCUCACACAACUCCAUAUACCCUCCAGUUACCCCAUUUCUCUGCUCUGACCGCAACUUUUCAAAUAAAUUAUCUACACUGGCCAUUCUUUAUUCUUCACCCCUUACAAGAUACUUCUCAGUUUCCAUCCCUUCAUUUGAAAAAAUGGAACAUGCAAUAUUCAUGUUCCCAAGCCCAGCGGAUGCACCUGCCCUUUCUCUCAGUGCCCAAGUAGCAUUUGAUAUCAUUGACUCCUCUCUUUCUGGCUCUGGUGACACCACAUUUCUUUGGUUCCUCGAAUUCCUCCCCUAUCUGCUUCUUUUGGCCUGUUCUCUACCCCCGACUUCUGAAGGGCAACACUUAAUUGGGCUUCUCUGCCUGUCUGCUUCCUCAGGGGGAUCUCAGCUGGAAUAAUUACUUAAAUUACUAUUUACCUACUACUGACUCCUAAACUUGUACCUAUUCUUCUCUGAGCUGUAGACAUAUAUCCCAUCACCUACUUGGCAGACAUCUUCAUUCAGGUUUUUUU